AUGAUCGUAUUGAUGAAAAUGGCGAUAAUUACUCGCACUGUAGCUGAUACUACAUUAAUGCCGAAUGCGUAUCCUCUAUUUUGACUAGUAAAAUAAAUUAAUUUGUAUUUAUAUAGUUUGAUCUUGAUCAGAUGGAUUCAUAUGCAGCAGUUAUAGACAACCAAAUGUCAGGUGCAUCAAAUAGUUUGGCAGAUUUCCAAGUACCAUCAACAUUUCCUCAAUUUCCUGGCAAUAGUUCUUUGGAUAACUCAUAUGGAAACUUACAAGGGUUAUCUUCCCCAUUUUCCAACACUUCUACAACACAGGGUAGCAGCAUGAAUGUCACUGGAUACAACACACAGCAGCCUAGUUAUAAUAAUAUGUCAGUCACUGCAGCAUCGCCUUUUGCAAUGCCUUAUGAUCCACCUCCCAUCCAGCCGAAUCCGUCUCCAAUGCAUGUGUCGACUCCUCAAGCUUCGCCUCUACUACAGACUAAAUCUAACAAAGCAGUGCAUUCCUGUACGUAUUGUGGAUUAGUUUUAUCAUCGGCCAAUGCACUUCUUGAACACAAGCGUAUUCACACUGGAGAUCGACCUUUUUCGUGUCACAUCUGCAAUAAAAGCUUUACUCAGAAAGCGCACUUAAACAUUCAUAAGAGGACCCACACUGGAGAAAAGCCAUAUGCAUGUCAUGUUUGUCAUAAAAGAUUUGCCCAGUCUUCUCACCUAAGUAGCCACAAGCGCAUCCAUACAGGAGAAAAACCAUUUGUUUGCAAAAUAUGCCAUAUUGGCUUCACACAAAAACAAAGACUGGAUGCCCACCAUAAGAAACAUCUGGAAAGGCCUGGUCAGGAGAUAGUUGUUAGACAAAGAACUAUUGUGCCAUCACAAGUAGAACAACACAGAAUCCCUCAAAAUGAUGACAGUUCUUUUAUGCAGAUGAUUGGUCAUGGCAUGCCUUACAUAAAGCAAGAAACUCCACCAGAUGUAGCAAAUAGCACCAUCACUUCAGCAUCAUCAACAGAAAAAAGAAUUUUGACAAGAAGCUCUGUUAAAGUGGAAAAUGGUAAAAAAUCUUGCAGCAAAGAAGAAAAUAGAGAGGAGGAAGAUGAUAAAAGUUCUACAAAUUCAGAUCAAAGCCCAAAAGUUACAGCUCCAAGUUUUUCUUCCGAAGGCAUGUUCCUUCACCCAUCAGGGUAUGUGGCAUAUGGGGGUAUUGGUGAUAGUGAAGAGUCAAGUGAUUUAGCUGCAGUAUCAGAAACCUGUGGCUUACCACACAAUGGCACAUCUAGCUCUAGCCAUAGGCGUAAAUCUUCAGUAGUUAGAAAACGGCGCAAUGAGUCACCCGUUAAAGAACAUAUUCCAGGAAUUCACACUUCUGUGUCCAAUGAAUUAAAAAAAUAUUCAAUAUUACAAGCAGAUUCCAUUACCAACCACAGCCAUCCUGAUAGUGAUACAUUAACUUCCUGUUUCAAAGAAACUCAGAAAACUUUAGAACAUGAAAAAGAUCCGCCUUAUAAUGGUGUUGCAACAGGUCAGUCUGACUCUAAUGAAAAUCCUAAUAAAACUGAGAACAAGGCACACUGUCACAUAAAUCAAAAUUCUAGUCCCUCCAAUGUAAGUCCUCAAGCUGGUUUGAUCAAAGUUAAUAAUAGAAUUUCUUUAGUAAACUUUACAGCUGAAGAGCUAGUCCUGCAUCUGAUGAAAAGGGAUGAUGUUAACAAAUGCCAUUUCUGCUGCCUGAUAUUCCAGGAUCCUGCUAUGUAUCACAUACACCGUAACAUGCAUGACAAAACUGACAUCCACAAGUGCAAUAUGUGUGGCAAAAUGCUGCAGGAUAAAUAUGAUUUCACUGCACAUUUUCUUAGUAUGCAUCAAAGUUGAAUUUCUUACUUUCCAGUGUGAUAAAUUUCAAAUUAGUAUGAAAAUGUGAUACAUUUUAUUCUUACAUUUAAUUACUGCAACUUUUAGUGAGUGAAAGUUAGACUAUUUCCUAAAUGGCAUUCCACUUUUAAUAAAUAAAAGAUUAUAGACUGAAACAAAAUUAGUGAGUAUUAUUUCAAUGAUAUUUAUAUUAAAAUAAUAUAUUAUUAAUUUUUAAUUUUAAUCCAUCUUCACUUUGAGUGGGUAUAUAAAUAAAACCAGUCUAAAAACUUAAAAAUGAUCACUCAUUUAAAUGUUCUAAAAAUGUGGGGGAAAAAGCAUACAUUGUGUUUGGAAACCAAAUUAAAAAUAAAACUAUUGCAAAAUAUGUUAGUUAUUUCAAUGAUGGAAGAUUAUGUGGAUAUUAAAAUUUUAGGAAACAUUAAGUAGCAUAAAUCUAAUUUAUCUAAAAUGCAAUUGCUGCAAUAAAUGUGGUUGAAAUUUAAUGACAAAAUUUGCCACAGACAGACAUUGAGACAUGUAAACCCUUUUUUAAAAACAAAAAUGUAUCUUCUUAUUGGAAUAAUGAGAUUAUAAUUUAAAUUUUAAAAAUAUACAUUAAUAUAUCCAUGUUUUAUUUUCAAUCUUUUCUUGUUUUGGUUCAUAUUUUUCAACAUUCCUUUUAGCUUUUUAAAAUUUCACGCUAUAAUAUAAAUUGCUUACAAAGAAAAUUCUGUUUAAUUUAAUUUGAUUAGCUUUCAUAACAGUUUGUCUUAUAAUAAUGACUAUGCCUUGGUUUUUAACUUACCUUGAUUUAUACUGUAUUUUCUCUUAAACUGAUGUAAACCAGUUUCAGAUUUUUCCAGACAAUUAAGAAAGUACUCUAUUUAAACUACAUGCUAAAGAAUCCCCUUUAUAUAAUUGUAGCUGGCAGCCCUUGAGUAUUUUCUGACAACAUCCUUAAAAGCUCAAUUGGAAAGGAUGAAUCAUUUAUAUUUUAGGAUAUUUGGAAAGUAUUUGUAUUUUUUCUUGUAACAUCCAUCAUAUGUGGCCAUGGGUAAAAAUGAGAAUGCCUAGUCUUUAAAAUUUUUAGUGCUUCUAAGUUGUAGGAUACACUGCUGUCUAUAUAUUAUAUAUAUAAAAUAUAAUUUUUGCAGGGAUAUAAUUGAUUCUUAUUUUUGUGAUUGUAUUUUGAUAGGUUUUGUGAUACAUUUGAAAUUAAAUUUUAUACAAUAGUAACCCUUUGUCCAUAAAUUUGUGUAUGUAAUUUACUGUAAAAAAGUUUCCCUUUCAAACCUGACGGUCUAUGGGGCAAGUGAAGUAGAGUUCACUUGUUUCUGUGACCUUGGCAUAUGAAGAGAUAGUGUGGUCAACAUUAU